AUGAGGUUCUCUGCCCUUGGACCAACAUUGCUGGGCCUCGGAGCCCUCGCAAUGACACUACUGUGUCUAUUCGCAGGCUCCACGACGUCGUUCCUGCCGGAGUUUUCACUCAUCACGGUGAACACAUCACAAGUCGGCCAAGGCAUCCUCAAUAGUAGCUAUGUGGACAGCCAUCCCGAACUGGCCGCCAUUCUGGAUGCAAUUCCGUCUUUUCUGCAAGACGACGCCGAGGACCUGCUGAAUACCGUCCUCCAGCGGCUUGGCAUCCACGACUUCUACACGGCCAAUCUCAUGACUUACUGCCAGGGCUACUACGAGCCAACAGCGAUCCCGAACGAGACCGUCUCCCGCAACGAGAUCACACGCAACUUCACGUACUGCAGCCCUCGCAGCGGCAACUUCCAGUUCGACCCCCGCGAGGCCCUACAGCGCGACCUGAACGCCUCCGGAAACGGCUGGCUAAACGUCUCGGACCUAAAUUGGCCGGAUGAGAUCGACCGCGGCAUUGACGCUAUUCACAUCGUGCAGCGCGUGGCCUUCAUCAUCUACUGCGUCUCGAUCGGGCUGAUCGGCCUCGCGACGCUCGCCUCCAUCGUCUCGUUCGCCUUCUCGGGCCGCAUGUCCGCCUGCGGCAAUAUCGUCAUCGCCCUGCUGGCGUUCCUGGUGGUUGCCAUCUCGAGCGCCCUCGCGACGGCGAUCGCGGUGAUCGGCGCCCGCGCCGUCGACAGGUACGCCGAGCAGGUCGGUGUCACGGCUUCCCCCGGGAGGAGGUUCCUGGGCCUGACGUGGGGCGCCACGGCCGCCAUGCUGGUCUGCCUGAUGUGGUGGUCCGUCGACUGCUGCGUCGGCCGCCGCGGGAGGAGGAAGAGGUUCUCGCGCGGCGAGAAGUAUAGCUCGUGGGAUAAGUGA